GAGAGUUAAAGGCAAAGAAGCGUGUGUGUGUGUGACAGUAAGAGCAACACACUCACAGAGCGCGAGGACACACACACACACACACACACCAGCAGGAGAAACCGCGAGUUUUUUUUCUUCAGACAACAUCAGCUGCUUUAUUAUUCUUCAUCUUCUUCUUCAUCAUCAUCGUCGUCGCGUGGGAGAAGAACCGCCGGUUCGCAGCAGGUGAUGAUCACGGAUUAAUAUUUUAUUUUUGUUUUUUCUUAAGGACGAUGAAGAGAUUUAAUCCCUGUGAAGCAAUGGCCCAAGAAACCAACCAGAGCCCGGUGCCCAUGCUGUGUGCCACAGGCUGUGGUUUCUAUGGCAACCCACGGACCAACGGCAUGUGCUCCGUAUGUUAUAAGGAACACCUGACGCGGCAGCAGAGCAGCGACCGCAUCAUGAGCAGCAGCGACCGCAUGAUGAGCAGCAGCGACCGCAUGAUGAGCAGCAGCGACCGCAUGGCCUCAGCUGUCAGUCCUACCUCAGAGGCCUCAGCCAUCCAGAGAUUAGAAGCCAGUUUAGCCAAAGUCGAAGCUUCUUCAUCUGCUUCCUCAGCGGAGACGUCCAGAAAUGUUCAGGGAUCUCUUCCUGUGACUCAACAAAUGACAGAGAUGAGCAUCUCCAGAGAGGACAAGCCUGAAAUCCUCGACCCUGUUGUAAUCCAGCCGGCUGCUUCUAGUUCUGCUCCUGCAGCAGCUUCACCCGGCAGCGACGAAAACCAGGGCGACGCCCCCAAACCUAAGAAGAACAGGUGCUUCAUGUGUCGCAAAAGAGUGGGCCUCACAGGCUUCGACUGUCGCUGUGGUAACCUGUUCUGUGGAAUCCACCGAUACUCCGACAAGCACAACUGUCCCUACGACUACAAGGCUGAGGCCGCGGCCAAGAUCCGCAAAGAGAACCCUGUCGUCGUGGCCGACAAGAUCCAGAGAAUAUAGAUCUGAGAGCAACCUCUGACCUUUGACCUUUGACUGGAGUACGAGUGUGAACCUCCUGAGAUCGGCGGCAGCGACAGAGCGAGUGACGAUGGAAAGGACUUGAUUUACAAAAAUGACACGACCUCAAGAAUAUAUGGCGGGAAAAAGCGAGGAAAGAAGGCGGAGCUGGUGUGUGAGGGAGAUGAAUGCAUGAAUUAAGUCAUUAGUUUGUUUUAUCCGUGGUGUGAUUUUUCUUUUCUUUUUGCUGCUGUCGAGUCCUCCUUCUGUUUUUAUGAUGGUCUUAUGAAAAGCAGCCCAGGUUAACGUUCCAGGAUAAGCUGCGCUCCUCUCACCCAAACCAGGCGCCAUUUUGUGCCAAACCGUCGGCGGCCAUUUUGUCAGACACUCUGCCAAGUGUUGGUCACGUGUCCCUCGAACUUUGAACUUCCCGUUCCGGCCCCCGUUGGCACCGUUGAGUCAAAUGUUUUGGAGAAGCGUAACUGAAGCAUAGCGUAACUGCCCCCCACUGUGCACAGGGGGCGCCGUUACUCUGUCUUUCCACAGCUUUACCUACCUCACAGCUGCUGUGUUAAGCUUUGCCGUCUUCCCGUUCACUUUAAUUUGAUCCCAGCAGAAACCAUGGGUCAGCCUCGGUGACCAUGUGAUCAGAGAGGCCUCAUCCACACGACUAUAAGUCAUCUGUCGUCCACACUUUACCCCGGUGUUUUCAGUCGUCUGGAAGGAAACAGAGACCUUUAAAAAUACUCACAAUCAAUUCUUGUCAGACACAACACGACUCUCAACAAUACUCCAUAAAAAAAAAUCCAUAAAUUCUGCCACUCUUUCGUCAUUUGAAAACUUCAUUUUCAUCAUUUUAGUCUGGAAAGAAACAGAGACACAUUUAAUCACAAUCAAUUUUAAUUGGGCAAAACGUGCAAAAAGCUUACGCUUUAAAAAAAGCAAAAAUUCUGCUCCCGGUUUUCUGUCGUCCACACUACCCCAGCUUUGAAAACACUGCUGGUGUUUUUGUUUGAAAACAAAACAAACCUUAUGAGCUGCAUUUUAGUCUGGACAAAGGCCUUUAAAAAUACGUCUUGUCAGCCACAACAUGACUUUCAACUGUAAACAGAAAGCUCCUGUUAAUACUCAAGAUCCACAUUAAUCCGUUUUCUAAAAAAAAAAAAAAAAAGCAUAAAUUCUGGUGUUUUGGUAUAUAAACACUGCUGGUGUUGUUUUUGUUUGAAAAUUCAACAAACUCAGUCAGUCUCAUUGUCAGGACUUCAAAAAUGAUGACGCAUUGAUUUCAGCUCCUAGGCCACAGCAACGUUACUGCAAUUUAAUAUUUUUAAAAAGCAUAAAUUCUGUUCCAGGUACAUCUGUCAGGUCAUGUGAUUCAUGAGUUCAUGUGUGUUGUCAGUGUGGACGCAGAUUUGAAAGCGUAGUCGUGUGGAUUCUAAGCCUCGCAGGUCUUGAUUGUGAUGAGGCUGUUUUCCGGAGUUUUCAGUGGACAUGCUAACGGCUAACGGAGUUUCCAGACUGGGCUUGAUUGUAAAUCCUGGACACCUGGUGCAGCAGGAGGCGUGUGCGAGAAGAAGGACGGCCUCCCUCUUCUCUGGCAGAUCAUGUGACUUUAGGCUACGAUUAUUGUUGGGGCAUGAAUGAACGAAUGAAUGAAUGAAUGCAUGAUGACGUAAUCUACGCCUGCACUCGUGUUUCUGAUUAGCUUCACACGACUUUGGGGGUUUUAGACGUUUUAUUUGCUGAGCGACAAUUAUGUUACGUUCUCUUUUUAUUAUUAUUUUCUUUUCUCUUCCAUUGAUUUUGAACUCAUGUAUUCUUGUGGAAUUAUGUGGAAUUAUGUGAAUAUGGAAGGAUUAGGGCCACGAGUGAACUUCUUUUUUUGUUUUUUUUAGAAUUGAAAUAUAAAAAACAGGAAGAAAAGUCUGAAAUAGAUUAGAUUUUUAAUCACGGAAUUCUAAGAUAAAACGAUUAAAAAUAGAAUUCUGACUGUUUUUUAAUCUCAAAAUCAGAAAACAAAUCUGAAUUCUGACUUCACUCACAGAAUUUUUACUUUAAUCUCAAUGAAUUCAGAGAUUAAAUUCAUUCUGACCUUUUUCUAUUUUUUGUUCACAUGUGGCCUUCGUCAUCUUCCAUAAUGUGAACCAUUUCAAUUUUUUUUUUUUAAUAUGCUAACAAGUGUGCGUGUGUGUGUGUGUGUGUGUGUGUGUGUGUGUGAAGCUCCCUGGUUUUAUCAGCACAUGUUUACAGAACUACAGGAGCAUGCCAGAGUUAGACUUAUGAAAAAUAAUAGAAACUAAGAUUAGAUGUUAACUUCUCAUCUUUCUAACAGCUGUUGGUCUGCGAUAGAGCACCGUAGAAAAGUGUGUGUGUGUGUGUGUUCACGGCUGCCUGACACAAACGAAGCCUGUGUGUGUGUUUGUGACUCGUGUUAAUCCCUGUUUUAUUUUAUUAUCCUUCUCCUUCCCUGUGAGGAUGUGUGUGUGUUUCAUUUAAAGGAUAACUGUAUGUAUCUGUUUGAGGUUUUUGUUUUUUUUCUUUCCUGAUUCUUAGUUAUAUGCAAAUUUGUACAAAAAAAGAAAAAACAACAAACUGUGUUGAUAUUUAUGUAUUAGGUAUAAUCUUGCUAUCCAGCAUUACGACAGCAUAGUAUCAUGUAAAUAAAAACUGUACAGAGAGACAUUA